AUGAGAGGCACACUACAGACCCACCUCCUGGCCUUCUCCCUCCUCUGCCUCUUCUCAAAGGUGUGUGCCCAGCUGUGCCCCACACCGUGUGCCUGUCCCUGGCCACCACCCCGGUGCCCUCCUGGGGUGCCCCUGGUGCUGGACGGCUGCAACUGCUGCCGGGUGUGUGCACGGCGGCUGGGGGAGCCCUGCGACCAUCGGCACGUCUGUGACUCCAGCCAGGGCCUGGUCUGCCAGCCAGAUCCCGGCGGCCGGGGGGCCGUGUGCCUCUGGGGUGAGGAUGACGGGAGCUGUGAGGUGAACGGCCGCCUGUACCGGGAUGGGGAGACUUUCCAGCCCCACUGCAGGGUUCGCUGCCAGUGCGAGGACGGUGGCUUCACCUGUGUGCCGCUGUGCAGCGAGGAAGUCCGGCUGCCCAGCUGGGACUGCCCCCACCCCAGGAGGGUGGAGCUACCCGGCCAGUGCUGCCCCCAGUGGGUGUGCGACCAGGGAGGGGGGCUGGGGGUCCAGCCCCUGCCAGCCCAAGGACCCCAGUUUUCUGGCCUUGUCGGCCCCCCACCCCCUGGUGUUCCCUGCCCAGAAUGGAGCACGGCCUGGGGCCCCUGCUCCACCACCUGUGGGCUGGGCGUGGCCACCCGGGUGUCCAACCAGAACCGCUUCUGCCGACUGGAGACCCAGCGCCGCCUGUGCCUGCCUGGGCCCUGCCCGCCCGCCAGGGGCCGCAGCCCGCGGGACAGUGCCUUUUAG